CCCAAUCCCCAUACAUGUCUUGGUGCUUCUUUUUAAAGAGGUCCAAUGCGUUCCUUGCCGUGAUUCCCCUUAAUUAGCCCAUCACCCUUCACCUUCCCCUCCCUCCACUCCUCCGAAUUAUCAUCUCUCCUAUUUGAUCAAUCAGAAGAACUCUGAAGAAAUAAUCUCCCUCCUCCUUUAUCCUCAGGUCAUCGUCUUCUUCGUCAGAGUGAUUCGAUCUGAUUCGGUUCUAAAUUUGAUUCCAUUUUUAACUACUGAAUCUGAUGGAAUCAAUGGUUAUAGAGAUGUCUUCAGCGCCGAUCUCGAAUACUAUAGCGUCCUCUGACAGAGUUAUAUUGAGGAGGAAAAAGAAUAAGAAAAGCUUGAAAAAUAAAACUCAAAACAACACGAAUGCCAAUAACAGCGAGAAUCCGACUGAAUGGAAAACACAAGCUCAACAGCAAGUUUACUCUUCAAAGCUACUGAAAGCACUCCGUGAAGUGCGAAUCAGUUCACCGCUGGCGACAACGACUCGUUCGAUGCCGGCGCCAAAAGGCGGCCGAGCCGUACGGGAAGUGGCUGACAGAGUCCUUGCGGUUACUGCUAAAGGACGAACAAGGUGGAGCCGAGCUAUACUUACAAACCGGCUCAAGCUCAAGUUCAUGAAGAAGCACUCGAAGCGGCAGAAAUUAAUGGCGGCAGGUUCUUGUACCAGUAGCCGGUUACCUAAGAAGCCGAGAGUGGGGAUAUUGAAGCUGAAAACGAAGAAUUUGCCGGCUUUCCAGAAGAAAGCUCGAGUAUUGGGACGGCUUGUACCUGGUUGCAGGAAACAACCGGUGCCGGUGAUUCUAGAAGAAGCCAGUGAUUACAUAGCAGCUCUUGAGAUGCAAGUUCGAGCCAUGAGUGCUCUAGCUAACCUCCUUUCUGGCUCUUCUUCUACUGCUCCUCCUCCUCUAGAUCAUCUCAGCUCCAACCGGCCUCCUCCUAGUUGAAAUUUUUAAUCUUUUUUUUUUUUUUUUGCUUUCUAAUUAGUUUCUUCUCUCUUACUAUGAAUAUUAUUCCUCUGUUACAUAUAUUUCUUCUACCUUUCAACUUUCAAGUUAUGGGAAAACAUUAAUUGGAUUAUCAGUUU